UGCAGCCUCUCACAACCACCACUCAGUAAUGUUGUGGCCACUUCUGCAGUUUUCUCCAUCGUUGACUGCAGUAUGCUUUUUGAUGUGGAGUUUUUUUCACAGUUUCAUGACAUUAGCUGAGUAUCUGCAUGCUGUUGCAAACUGUUUCAAUGUUUAAUUAUAGUAUGUGAAAGUUAUUUCUAAAGCUAAUACGGUUGUUUGUGUAUUUUAGAGUACAACUACAACUUAGACUGGUGAAUCCAGAAUGAAUGCAACAUCCACUAAUGUUGAUUGAAAAAUUGUGAAAAUAGCUAAUUCUGGAUUCACUAUGCUAACUACAACUAGGGCUACAAGUUAAACCAUUAUCAGUAGUUAAACCCAAUGGUGAAAAGAUCACAUUGGGUCUGUAAAUGGGUCUGUAAAUGUACAUAAUGUCACUGAAGGCGUGUUGUGUGGUAGAGGGUAGCUAGCACCCACCUUCAAGCUAACAUGAGAUUUUGAGCACAGAAGCACUAGACUCACACACAUUGAACCUGCUCUGUGAGGAAAUUGACACGAGAGAUGCAAUGGUGAUAUAAAUGAUAGUGGUUCACACAGCCACACAGAGGACAUGUCGGUGCUCUAUUCUUCUGUUCUGCAUUUGGCAAUGCUUCUGAGUCUCCACUCAGGUUUACAGAAGCUAACUACACUGUCAAAUCCAACAGCAGUCAUACUACACAAAGGAAAUUCAGUGACGAUCCACUGCUCCCACAAUUUACCCAAUGACAUUGAAAUAUUUACAGUAACUAUAAAAGGAACAGAGGUGCUGUGCUUUUCUCAGUUUAACAUACAAGAGUGGCUGGUGUCGAAGACAUGUAAAGAAAGCAUACAAAUUAAUUGGAAUAAUGAGACCAGAGAAAUCUUCUUUUCACUGAUGAAGCUACAGAUAAAUGAUUCUGGACUUUACUCUUGUGAAGUGAAAAGAGCUGCACCUCCACCUGCACAAGUUUUCUCAAAAAACAUAACUAUUUGUGUAACAGCCCCUCCUGCAGUGUCUGUGUCUGAUGUAAAGGAGCCCAGUAGUGGACUUCCCAUGUUGCUGUGCUCCUCUCAGGGGUUUUACCCAAAGACCAUAGAGCAGGUGUGGUUUAGAGAUGGUCAGCUCCUCAACACCAGACUUUCAGACAGGCAGAGAGAGGUCAACACAGAUGGUUCCAUCACCGUCCACUCCUACCUGCCUCUGUCCUCAGGACCCAGCAAGGCUGGCCUCUAUCUCUGCUGGGUCAACCACUCUUCCCUCAGCCAUCCCAUCACUGUCAGUCACACAGUCAUGUCCAAGGGUUUCCCAGUGAGUUGGCUAUUUAUUGUGGUCAGCAUUGGAGCAGUCUUGAUUCUAGUGGUCCUUAUCAUCAUGAUCUUCAAGUGUACACAUUUCAAGAGAGUCAAACACCUUUUUCCUCUUGAAACAUCCCAAGAACCUGUCCACACUGUCUCCUCCGUGACUGAGAACAUCAUCUACUCAACACUGGGAGACCAUCAUCCAAUCACUCUCUCCACUGCUAUACCAACAUAGACAAGGGAUCAACAAGCAGUACUGUACCAAUAGGGCCAUAGACAGUACCACCUGAUGUACCAAAUCCUAGGAUGGGAUCCUAGCUGCAGAUGAAUCAUGUAGGACUUUCUCAGAACCACCAUGUUUGGGACACUUGACUGGGGAAUACAAAAAUCUGAAUUUGCUCGUAGGCUAUCUAUUCUAACAAUUUGAUGUUGAAUGAUUGUCCAUACUGUAAUGCCUCUGAUUAUGUUAAUCUCAGAUAAUCCAGUGACGACUGUCAUUGAUACCAGUAAUAGUCUCUCUAUGUCUGGGUAGCAGCCCAGUACAAUUCCUCCUCCUAGCUUCCCACUGCACUGAGGCUAGGAAACACUGUCACCACUGAUAAAUCCAUGAUAAUUGAGAAUUUCAAUAAGCAUUUUUCUACAGCUAGCCAUGCUUUCCACCUGGCCACCCCUACCCUGGCCAAGUUAACAAACAGAUCACCAACCAUUUCAAAUCCCACCGUACCUUAUCCACUAUGCAAUCUGGUUUCCGGGCUGGUCAUGGGUGCACCUCAGCUACGCUCAAGGUCCUAAACGAUAUAAUGUCCAACGAUAAGAGACAAUACUGUGCAGCUGUAUUCAUCUACCUGGCCAAGGCUUUCGACUCUGUCAAUCACCACAUUCUUAUCGGCAGACUCAACAGCCUUGGUUUCUCUAAUGACUGCCUCGCCUGGUUCACCAACUACUACUUAGACAGAGUUCAGUGUGUCAAAUCGGAGGGCCUGUUGUCCGGAUCUCUAGCAGUCUCUAUGGGGGUGCCACAGGGUUCAAUUCUCGGGCCGACUCUUUUCUCUGUGUACAUCAAUGAUGUAUACAUCAUCGCUCUUGCUGCUGGUGAUUCUCUGAUCCACCUCUACGCAGACGAUACCAUUCUGUAUCUGGUCCUUCUUUGGACACUGUGUUAACAAACCUCCAGACGAGCUUCAAUGCCAUACAACUCUCUUUCCGUGGCCUCCAAAUGCUCUUAAAUACAAAUAAAACUAAAUGCAUGCUCUUCAACCGAUCACUACCAGCACCUGCCCGCCCGUCCAGCAUCACUACUCUGGACGGUUCUGACUUAGAAUAUGUGAACAACUACAAAUACCUAGGUGUCUGGUUAGACUGUAAACUCUCCUUCCAGACUCACAUUAAGCAUCUCCAAUCCAAAAUUAAAUCUAGAAUCGGCUUCCUAUUUUGCAACAAAGCAUCCUUCACUCAUGCUGCCAAACAUACCCUCGUAAAACUGACCGUCCUACCGAUCCUCGACUUCGGCGAUGUCAUUUACAAAAUAGCCUCCAACACUCAAACACUCAAGACAGAAAAUUGGAUGCAGUCUAUCACAGUGCCAUCUGUUUUGUCACCAAAGUCCCAUAUACUACCCACCACUGCGACCUGUAUGCCCUCGUUGGCUGGCUCUCGCUUCAUAUUCGUCGCCAAACCCACUGGCUCCAGGUCAUCUAUAAGUCUUUGUUAGGUAAAGCCCGCCUUAUCUCAGCUCACUGGUCACCAUAGCAGCACCCACCCGUAGCACACGCUUCAGCAGGUAUAUUUCACUGGUCACCCCCAAAGCCAAUUCCUCCCUUAUCUUACCUCAUUUGCACACAUUGAAUAUAGACUUCCUUUUUCUCUAUUGUGUUAUUGGCUGUAUGUUUGUUUAUUCCAUGUGUAACUCUGUGUUGUUGUUUGUGUCGCACUGCUUUGCUUUAUCUUGGCCAGGACGCAGUUGUAAAUGAGAACUUGUUCUCAACUAGCCUACCUGGUUAAAUAAAGGUGAAAUAAAAUAAAUACAAAAAUAAAAUUUAAAAAGUUAUAUGGCAUUAAAAAACAUAUUACAUUUUA